AUGGGUCGAGGCAGAGCCACUUGCCAAGAUCACCGAACAGAAUACAACCGUCUUUUUGUGGAAAUCAAUCAUCUACAGGCAAACGGCCAAGUCGAAACUAUUAACAAAAUUAUUAAGCAUACAUUAAAAGUAAAACUCAACUUGUUUACAGAAGGAUGGGCCGACGAACUUCCCAGUGUGCUAUGGUCUUAUCUCACCGCUGCAAGGACUAGCAAGGGAGAAACACCGUUCUCACUGGCUUUUGGUAUAGAGGCCAUGAUCACACUAGAAGUCGGCAUUCCCUUGCUGCGCAUAACUGAUUACGACAAAGAAAGGAACCACAUGGCUCUUCGUACGGAACUUGACCUAACCGAGGAGAAAAGGAACAAUGCCGAUCUUAAAAAUGUUGUUUACAAGUAG